GAGGCGGCCUCGGGGUGGGUGGGCAGAGGAGGGGGUGGCGCCGGAAGCGGAGACAACCCCCCCAACCCCUCGCGGUGCGAGGCCCACUCGUGGGGUCUGAAUUGCCUUAGCUACGUGGGCUGCCUCUACAGAUGAGAAAACAGAGACCACAAGAGCUCUAGCGAUUUGCCCAGGGUCACCCAGCUGGCAGCACAAAAGCAAGACUUGAACUCCAGGCAUCUGACUUGAUAUUCAGGGCUUUUUCAGUUUUACUUUUUAUUAUAAAGAAUGUGGAAUGAUAAAGAUAUUGAAGCAGAGCUGGAAGAAGAAAUAAAAGCUGAAUUGGAUAAAAUCAGCGUUUCAUCUUUGGAGAUAAGAGAUGAGACUGACUCACCGUCUGAGUUUGGCAGUGAGAGUGAGCCAGGAGAAGAAGACUUACCUGAAUCAGUUCUUUACUGUAUUAACGUCAUAAAGAAUCGGAGUAAAGAUGCUGAAAAUCUUGUUCUCCAGGACUUGGAAGAUACUGACAUUUCAAGUUCUAGUCAUGGAGCCGUUUCAAACAGUCCUAUAGAUUUUAUGGAUGAGUUGACAUCUAAGUAUCAUGAAAAUGAAUUAGAAUUAAAGAAGAUGUUAUUUGAAAUAGAAAAAGAAUUACAGAAAAAUCCAACCUGUGAUAAAAUCCCCAAUUCUACUCAACUUCCUAAUUUUUGUAACUUACCUGUUGAUGAGCCUCUUUCUUCAGAGGAUACUGACACAAUAAGCUUCAGAUACCAUGAAGUGGAGGAAAGAUGUCGACAGUCUUUUGCGGCGUGGGAGGACAAACAGCGGGCAUUGGAGAACCAGGACACUGAAAAGUUCAGAGCUCAGCAGGAUAGAGAAGAAAAACAGCUGCAAGAGGAAGAAGAAAAGAGACAUUGCCGGAUGAAGCAAUUUGAAGUAGAAAAGAAAAAAAUAGAAGAUAUUCAUAAGCAAAAAGAAGAGAAGAUAAAUGUUGAACUGCAGCAACAACAGAAAUUGUGGGAAAAGAAUUUAAAAGAGCAUGAGGAGUUUAUCAGAAAACUACAGUUACAAAUUGAGGAGGAAAGAAGAGGUUUGGAAGACCUAAAGGCUGAAGAAAGACAACGUUUGGCAGAUGUGCAGCAUAAUGCAGCCAUAAAAAUCCAGGCUAGGUAUCGAACAUUUGUAGCUUAUCAAAAAUAUGGAUCAGUUAUAAAAGAACAGCUGAAGAACAAAAAGAAGAAAGAAAUGCUGGAAAAACAAAAACAAGAAUGGAAAGAAAUGGCAGCAAAAAGAAGAGAAGAGGUAUCUGCAGAGUUGGUAAUGAAAAAAGAUAACAAAAAAAGAGAAGAUCUGAUGGUGAAAAAAGAAAACCAAAAAAGUGAAGAGUGGACCAAAGAAUUGUUCAUGAAAAAAGAAAAUAAAAAAGGAGAAAGCACAGCCAAAGAGAUUUUAGUGAAAUUUUUUACAAAGAAAAAAGAUAUGGCCAUAAAGCCAUUAGUAGAAGAAGAAAUCAAUGAAAACAAUGUAACCAAACAUAUAGGACCAGAAAAUGAAUUAAAAAAAAUAAUGAUAGCUGAACAGGAACCUAUGCAAAAAUUAAAGCAAGAACCACGCAGGGAAAACAUAUCAAGACAAUUGAUCAUGACAGAAUUUAAAAAAGAACAGGAUGAAAGUCUAGGAAAACAUCAAGAGAUGGAUGAAUUUCAAAGUGGAAAGAAACAAAAUGAAAAUCUAGCCAAAGAUUUCACUAAAUCACAAAAGAACGAAUUUAAAGAAAAUGCAACAAACUACCUAGAGUCAGAGCAGGAAAGAGAAAAAAUAAGUUCAGCAGAUGAAAACAAGGGAAACAAAUUCCAAGAAGCCAGAGAGGCUGAGGGAGUGAGAAACAAUCCAGAACAGAAUAGACACAGACGGAAUCAGGAGGGAAAAGAUUCUGAAAGAGGAAAAGAGGAAAAGGAAAAGAAUGGAGAAAAUCAUGAAGAGGAAGGUCACUUCAGAGCUUCAUUAAAGCAUACGCUUUCACUCCUAAAAGCAGAAAGUAAUGAAAACACCAUCAGCAAUGUGAAUGGAUUGGCACCAGCCAAAGAAAGUAAUUCUCAAGCUAUUGAUAAUGAUGAAAGCUCAGAAACAAAUAUUCUUACAGACGGUGAAACUAUAAUUCUUAACACCUCUGAUAUCAUAGUAAAUGUGGAAAGUAAUUUAUGCAAGACAAAAUCUGUUAUCUGUGUGCCAACAUCUUAUGGCUGUGCUGGUGACUCUGAUAGAAACUCAUCAGCAUCUAAAGAAACCACAACUGCCCCAUCUGUUACAAGGAAAACACCAAGGGAGUUUUGUGGACACGGAGCAGAAAGUAAAAGCACGUCUACCCAUUCGCUGAGUGAGAUAACAGUUUCAGCUUUAGUUGAAGAAAAGAGACUAGCCUGGAUAAAGACCUGUAGACCCUGGCUCGAAAUCUUCAGGGAAAACCAAAGAAAGAAAAUAGUUACAAGAAAUAGACCUAGGAAGUGCUCAGUCAGCAAGCUGCCUGCUCUGAAUGCAGUGGCAGUCCUUCAAGGUGGACUGUGGAGUACCUUACAACAGGUUACAACAGUAACAUUUCAGGAUUUGCCAGGGUGUAGUCUUUGCACAUUGUCAGAAUGUACAAGUCUUCAAUUCCUGACUCUCAGGCGUUGUGGAUUAACCGCUCUGGAAGGAUUGAAUAACUGCAAAAAAUUGAAGUACAUUGAUGUACAGGAAAACCAGAUUCAGGUUAUAAAUUGUGAGAAUUUAGAAAAUCUCUGCAUCCUUCUUAUGAAUGACAAUGAACUGAUUUCAUUUCAUGGACUGGAUGGUUGUAGUAAUCUUCGAAAUAUUGAAGUUUCAAAUAACAAGAUCACCCGAAUUGGUGGAUUAGAAUCUUUGAAAUCUCUUCAGCAACUAAUUGUGGAUCACAAUCAGCUAAUGAGCACCAGAGGUCUUUGCAGUGUUCCUACUAUUAUGUACCUGGACUGCUCUUAUAAUAAUCUUACUAAAGUUGAAGGAAUUAAAGAUUGUGGUUUACUUCAGAUUUUGAAGUUACAGGGAAAUUACCUAACUGAGCUUCCAUGUCUGGAGAAUCAAGUCCUGCUCAGAGAAUUGUACUUGGAUGACAACAAUAUUUCAACAUUAGAAAUAUUAUCCUCAUACUGGCUUCCUUUAUUACAGAUUCUAACUGUCUCUCAAAACAGUUUGACUGAAAUUGUGCCACUCUUUCAAUUUAUUUCUUUGGAAAAACUGGAUGUCAGCAACAACUGCCUUUCAGAUCUUACAGGUGUCAACAAGUGGUUUCAUGCAUGUUUUAAUCUAUGUGACUUAUCACUUAUUGGAAACCCCCUUCUCCAAGAAAGAAAUUGGAGGCAGUCUAUACUUGAAAUCUUACCUACUCUAAGAAUUCUCAAUGGUGAAACACUAAAAUCUGAUUCACCCAAUCAUGAAAGCAAUGUACCAGAACCAGGCAGUUUUUCAGCAAUCUGUCAGACUCAGACCCAGGAAUUUAGCUUGAUAGUUAAAAAAUAUGUCACUGAAAAAAGAAAUAUACACUCCUUAGAUGCCAUAGAUGACUUGUGCUGUUAUUUUAAUGAGCUGAUGAAACUUAGUAAUAAGUACAGAGAUGCUCAUGAAAAUGGAGAUUUCAGAAUCAUUGAUAGAGAUGAAGAUUUAACUAUCAAGACGAGAGACCAAUCAGAAGAACAGCAAGGUCAUUUGAAACAAGUAGCUAGUAACAGUCCACAGCAAAACAACCUCUCCAUUGCUGGGGUAAAUGAAAAUAAACAGGAUUUUCUGGAAGCUUCCCAAAAAAGAAUUGAUCCUGACAACAGUGACUCUGGAUUCGCUGCAUUUUCCAUACAUGAGCACAUAGAGAAAAAUAAUCAAAACCAAAGAGUCCAGAGAAGGAGGAAAGGCAUUGUGAGCACCAAAAUUCGUACCGAGAACAGCACUGUCACUGAGCCAUUAAUUACAAGUGAAAUGGAAAAGGAUUUCCAACAUAUUCAGAAUGAUGCCAAAAAUAGUAAGGCAGCCACAGUAAUUCAGAGCCACUGGCAAGGAUACCACAUUCGCAGGCAGGUUAAUUUUUGUGAUCAGAAGGAUAUGGCAGCAAUGAUAAUACAGAGAGCUUGGCGAAAUUACCUUAUGGAGACCCAGAUGAAAAAAAGACAAUGUUACACCACUGAUCUGCAUGCGCAGAGGGAGAAGGCCGCUACACUUAUUCAGGCAGUUUGGAAAGGCUUCCUGUUACGGAAGAAACUGACCAGAGCACUAGCUUCCAUUAAAAAUGAAGAACUUGAAGAUGACUAUGAAGAAAUUGACCUAGAUGACUUUAUGUUUGAUGAAGCUGCCUUAGAGAAAGAAUGGUUCUCUUUGGAUUCCACCAACUUCCCUUCCAAAACACAGGCUUUCACAAAUGAACUGCACCAGCCAAAGAAUUCAGGGUAUUUGUCCUCUGAUGACACUUCAUUUAAUUUACCAUAUCAUCCAGAGCAACCUUGGCAGUGUAAUGAGAGAGAAAAUCCAUUCUCUCCUGAAGACUCUCAGUUUACUGACAGAUCAGAAAGUCAAAAACUGUCCUCUUCAUCUGAUUUCAAGAGCUAUAUGAAAAUGUCCCUAAGAUCUAAAAAAGAAGAAAAAAUUUCAGAAGAAUGGGGCUUUAAAGAUAUUUCUACUGCUCAAUUGAUGCUAAAGAGAGCCCAGAAAAUGAAAUCUAAGAAAUCAAGGCAUAAACUAGACCCUGCUGUGCGCCUGGCAUUGUUCAAAAAUAAUGGAAAUAAACAACCCCCUGUGAAGACACCAAAGAAAGCACACCGUGCCAGACAAGGGUAUUUUGAAGUUGAUGAUGAAGAACUUACCGAUGUGGAUGUUCCAAUUUCCAAUGAAAAACUUGAGCGCAGCAAAGAGCUGACCUACCAGUGGCUCCACACGCAAGUUGGGAGCUAUGAAACAACCAGCCCCAGAAAUGUGAAAUGCCAGACUCACUUCUUGCCUGUGUUAGAUCCAGAUGUACUUAAUGGUGGGCGAGUCCAACUUGUGGCAAGACUUGUAAGGAGAGAAGACAUGGAUGUAGACCUUGUUUCCAUGAACAGUGGGAGUGCUUUGGCUCAGAACAGAGAAAAAAAUAAUCAGGCAUCCAGACACUCAGCAGAAUCUUCAUUUAAGGUAAUAGCUGUUCCAGGGAUAAAAAGUGCUAAGAAAAAAUGGAUAUCACAUCGAGGCUAUCCAGUGCAAUUCAGCGAUGGAUGGGAAAGUGGGAAAAGGAAGGCGAAAACUUUCGACUAAUCUUUCAAACUUCAACAUGCGAAACAUAUGGCGAGCUGUUUCUUUUCAAGAGGUCUGUGAAUAUCUAGUUGUAUGUUACCAAUUGGAUACAAAGUUUUAGAGUACUGCAUUUAAUUUGUUUUACUAUACAUGUUUUGCAAUUUAGCUUUCUGGUGGAGUUAUCUUACUCCCCAUCAGUAAAAUACAAGUUUUGCAAAGGUUCCUGGGCUCAUGUGGUAUGGUCUCCAGAAAACUUUAACCCUUGAUAUAAUUGCAAAGGGGAGUUUGUAAAACCGAUUUCUUUAGUUUUAAACAUUUUGUGAUUUCAUAAGUUCAAGACAAAAUUUUUAUUGGCAAGAAUGAUAAAUCUAUUAAAAACAAUUACAUGUAUUUUCAUUGAUACUACUAACUCUAUUGUGUAUAAGGAAUUUGUAUUCUGUCUUAACAAGUUUUCAGUCUUAUAAUUGACAUUAUUGAACUAGAUGAGAGAAUUGCCAUAUUUCCAUAGGUAAAUUGGUUCAUGUUCAUGAUGUUCUUGUAAAUGUUUUUCUAAUCGUUAAAUUUAUCAAAAUGCAGUUUACUUUAGAGGUGGUCUUUCAAAUUAAAAUGAACUUGAUAAAUUAAAACAAAGUGGAUAUUUUAAUAGUACUCCUAUUUGAACAUGUGGAAUAUUUAUUAUUUUGAAAUAUGAAAGUACAUGUGAAUCUAAUAAGUGAUUACUAUUCUGACUCAGAAGAGUCCCAGAAAUUUAUAUUUUCAUGAAGUUAUCCCCCAAAUAACCAGUUCUUUCAAGUCUUUCCAGACUCCAAGCAUCAUUUUGUUAUGUUUCAUAUUUUCCCAAAAUUAUAGAUGUCCAGUCUUUCUAAUUGUCUAGCAAAGUUCAGUGACAACUUAGUAAAUUAAAUAUGCAAAAUCUUACAGUUACCCUUAAUGGGCUUUCAAUGCUAUUGCUCCCUUGAGUCGAGAACUGUUUUCACAAAGCAACAUUACUGAGUUUUCAGUGACUUUCCAUCUAAAUGUUAGUUGAAUGAUAGGAUCCAGUCAAUUUUCUCUUUAGUUUCUUCCUUUAUGAAAGCUUUCAGAUGGAGAAAAGAAAUGUCUAAACUUGUCUAGAAUGCAUUUCUUUACUUUCUCACUCCUUUCCCUUUGGGUCCCCAUCAUCAUUACCAUCACUACCAUUUUUUCUGGACUUUGUCCCCAUUAAAACCUGGAGAUCCCUUUAAACUGUGAUUGAGGUAGAAAAGUCAAUGAGCCUUGAGAUGUCAGUCAAUAAAGAAAACAUAGACUCAUAUGUUGUGGCCUAGAAAUUGAGUGUAGAAAUAUAAACUCCAUAUGCAAUUGUUUUGUGCAACAGGCCAUUUCAUUAUUGUCUUUUCACUAACAGUUUCCACAUUAGCAAUAUAAUAUGAUUGGAAAUAUUUUAAUGAAUAUCAACUUAUUUUGAAAAUGGUAGGAGGAAACCACAUUAAAGUUGGUAUUAAUGGAUAUUUUUAUGGUUCAUAUACUAAAACCAAUGAAGUAGAAAGUCUUAGUUUGUUCACUUAGAUGCUUACUAUUAAAUUGUCUCAGUGCCUAAAAUGGGCUCACAGGCACAGACUCUUAUUCACCAACUGGUUUGUUUUAUGAAAUUAAAUUAUGAGAGAAAUGACACUACUCCAGUUUUAAGGUAAUGGGGAUGAUGAUGAUGAUAAUGAUAUUUCCUUUAUUUUCCUAGUACCAAAUAAGAAUAUGAUGCUAUGCUGAGUAUUAUUUUGAAUCAAGAGUUGAAUAUUGAUUUUUUCAUUAUUUUCCUUUUGUUUAUGAAGAUAGUAGUCUUUCAAUAUAAUCUUAGGUUUUUAGAAUUGAAUGAAUUUAUUAAAGGGCUCAAAUUAAAUGAUACUCUUCUUCCUGUUUGCUCAGAUUGCUGU